UAAGAAGGAAGAAGUCUUUAGUGUUUAUAUACAUAUGUAAAAUAGAAAGCGCAAAGCAUCAACAAAUAGAAACAUUUCAUCACGUUAUUUCGCCAACAGACGUAAUCCGUUAAUCAACAACUCGAAAAACAAAGACUGUGUGAUGUCCUUAAUUAAUGAAGAAGAUGUAAAGAAAUUACAAAACUAUAUCUUAUGUCCUGAAUUAUCGAUCCAUAACCCAUUACCGGAAGUAAUACCAAGGAAAUAUAAUGAAAUGCGUUUGCUAACGGUGCCAAGAGGUAACGCCAGUACGAAAUUGGUGCCUAAACGCGACUUCAUUACCGGAAGAAUUGUCUCCUUUGUUGAAAUAGAUUUAGAGAAUGUAGGUGCUAAUGCAAAAAAUUCGACUAGCAUGAGGAGAGAACCUGGCCUUUUAGAUGAGAUAACUAGAGGUUCUGCCAUGAAUUACCCUUUUUGGCCAGGCGGUUUCGAUGAACCAUCAAAAGAAAUGAAAAAGUUGACUAUGGAAGACUUCCAAAUUGAGGAUGAGUUAUUAUUGACAGUGCCGCCAGGUUUUAAGUACGGUUAUGACUUUAGCAAGCAGCAUGGCUUUAAGCAGCAAGAGCUCUUCAAAAAUGUACAACCUAAUGAUAACGUCAAUUUACUAGAAAAUCUGGAGAAAGACUUGGAUGUAUUGGAAUGGCUAAAAUUAACAGAAAAAGAAAAUGAAAGCAGUGAAUUGGGGAUAAAUGUGAAUAGCGUCAAUGACUUUACAGCUGAGUUCAAGGAUCUUGAUGAGCAAAUUAUGUCUGCGGAAUUGAAGCCAGUAUUAGAGAUUUCUUCUUCGAGGAAGAGUAUAGUGCGAACAGAAUGGGCUGAAAUGUUAGAUGUAACUCACGAUAUUGCCGAUUUUCAUGAGAGGAUUCCCUGUCCUGCUAAAAAAUACGACUUUGAAUUGGAUACAUUCCAAAAGCAGGCCAUUCUAAAGUUAGAAGAACGUCAAUACGUAUUUGUAGCCGCUCAUACGUCCGCCGGUAAGACAGUAGUGGCCGAAUACGCUAUUGCAUUAUCUCAACGCGAUUUGACCCGUACCAUAUAUACGUCACCUAUUAAGGCCUUAUCUAACCAAAAGUAUCGCGAUUUUAAGAAAAUUUUUAAAGAUGUAGGUCUUAUUACCGGAGAUUUGCAAAUUGAUCCCACCGCUACUUGUUUGAUCAUGACGACAGAGAUUUUACGUUCAAUGCUUUAUUGUGGUAGCGAUAUUACCAGGGAUUUGGAAUACGUUAUAUUCGACGAGGUUCAUUAUAUUAAUAACCGCGAAAGAGGUCAUGUAUGGGAAGAAGUGUUCAUUUUAUUGCCGGACCAUGUUAAUAUCAUAAUGUUAAGCGCAACAGUGCCGAAUACUAUGGAGUUAGCCGACUGGGUGGGCAGCACUAAGAAACGCAAAGUUUACGUUAUAAGCACUCUGAAAAGGCCAGUGCCCUUAAUGCACUACCUAUAUACUGGAACUGGCGGUAAAAGCAAGGAUAGUAUAACAUUGCUGGUAGAUGCUGAUGGAAAAUUUUUGCAAGAAAAUUAUGAGAUUGCUGUGGCGAAGAAGAAGGCAAUGCAAAGCAAAUCAAAAUCGUGUGGAAGUGGUUCAAAAAUGGUACAGAACACUUCUCUCAAGCAAGAACAAAAUACUUGGAUUGGCUUAGUGGAUUUUCUAAAGCGAAAUGAUAAAAUGCCUGUAGUAGCUUUCACCUUAUCCAGAAAUCGUUGCGAUAUUAAUGCCCAGAUGCUGCAAUCGAUUGAUUUGAAUACGGCCCGUGAAAAGGGUUCAGUGGAAAUAUUCUUCCAACAGUGCUUAGCUAAGCUGAAACCACCUGAUCGUGUGCUACCUCAAGUUUUGACAAUGAAAGAUUCUCUGGGUCGUGGUAUUGGUGUUCAUCACAGCGGUAUCUUGCCCAUUCUUAAGGAAAUUGUAGAAAUGCUUUUUCAAGCCGGCUUAGUCAAAUUGCUUUUCGCGACUGAGACUUUCGCUAUGGGCGUAAAUAUGCCAGCCAGAACGGUAAUAUUUGAUUCGCAUAGGAAAUUCGAUGGCUCGGAAGUGAGAAAUCUAAAGCCGGGCGAAUAUAUACAAAUGGCUGGCAGAGCCGGUCGUAGAGGUCACGAUCAAAACGGUACAGUUAUAUUGUUGUGUAAAGUUCAAGUCCCACCCGCAGACGAGAUGAGAGCCAUGAUUUUGGGUAAGCCCGAGAAAUUGGAAUCACGAUUCAUUUUACGUUAUGCGGUGAUUUUGACAUGUUUACGUAUUGAGAGCAUUAAAGUCGAGGACAUUAUGAAAUUUAGCUUCAAGGAAUUCAAUCAGAAAUUACAAUUGCCAGCACAACAAAAACAAUUAGAGGUAGCACAAAAUAAAUUCUCUAAAAUGCCUGAAUUGGGAGAACAUUUGCAGCCCUUAUGCAAAUUCUGCGAGUUAGGUAAUGAAUACAUAACGGAGAAGCAACGAUUGAUGAAAUCUUUAUUUGCUCAACCAAAAAUUGCAAAAGAAUUAAAAAUCGGUCGUAUCGUGAUAGUGACGCAUAGUAAACACUAUAAUAAAUUGGGCAUCCUCUUAUAUAUUAAAAAUACAAUAGGCAAAGAGACCAGCUAUCGCGUUCUCGUUUUAGAUCAUCAAUUUAAAGCCAGCGAAGGCAAGGAUGAUAUUCAUCGCGGUGAAAUGUAUUACAAAUUGAUUUCGUUGACACCGCAACAUAAAUUCUUCCAACCGGAAGGAAUCGGUGGGCAUGCAAUACUCGAUGUUAAAGCCGGAGAUUUUGUGGAAAUUACAAAAGCUUCUUUGAAAAUCGAUGCUGAUGUUAUUAUACGUAAUUGGGAGCAAAGGCAAAUUGAGCGUUUUCGAAAUUCGCCGCCUGGAGCGACUGUCUUAAAAGCAGUUUCCGAGCUGUCGAAACUCAACGAUGGCUAUGUGAAUAAUCCCGAGUCAUUGAAAUUCUUGAACAUGGCAAAGGAAAUAAAUAUUAAUUCAGAUAACGAGAUGGUUCAGUUAUGUUAUUUGGAUCAUUUGCAGAAGACAUUGCAAGAGAUAUUACCGUAUACUAAUAUAGCCGGAUUCGAAGAGGAAUUUGCAAUUGUUCACGAUCGUAAAGUUUUGGAGCAUCGUAUCGAGGAAUUAAAAUUUAAAAAUUCUAUCAAGAAUCUCUCCUUGUAUCCCGACUAUUGCAAUAAACUUGAAGUUUUGAGAGCUCUACGAUACAUUGACGAAUUAGAUGAAGUGACACUGAAGGGCAAAGUGGCUUGUGAAAUGGGUCGGAAUGAAUUAUUUAUUACUGAAUUAAUACUUUGUAAUAUGUUCAAUGAUUUGGAACCGGCAGAGAUAGCCGCCUUACUUUCAGGAUUAGUAUUUCGAGCAAAAAUUGCUGGUGAGUCUACCGUGCCUGAAAAAUUUAUUCAGUAUGUAAGCGAAUUUGAAAAGAUUAAUGAUAACAUCGUAGAGCAAGAAAUGAAACAUCGUGCUAUUACUGAGACUGAAGAAAGAUUAAACUUCGGGUUGUUAGAAGUAGUCUACGAAUGGGCUUGCAAUAAGCCUUUUGCUGAAAUUAUGAAAUUAACCGAAGUUCAAGAAGGCAUUAUUGUACGUUGCAUACAACAGUUAGAUGAAACUUUGCAUGACGUUAAGACCGCUGCAAUACGCAUAGGUAAUCCAACGUUGCAAAGUAAAAUGGAGGAAGCUUCCAAUGCUAUUAAACGGGACAUCGUCUUCACUGCCAGUUUAUAUACUACGUUUUAAUUUCAUUAUGAAUUUUUUCAAUAAUUUUUUUUUA